CGCGGGCUGGCAACAACGCGGGAGAGCGCUAAUCGAGGCAGCGCCGCGCGCCCGCGACGCAAGCCGACGAGACGCGCUCUAGCAUCGGAAGGCAGCCCACCACGCCGCCAUGUCGGCCCUCAACAGCAAGAGUAGAUUAACGGCCAUGUCCACGCAGUAUUCUAAUCCGAUGGCCGCCAGGCCCAGCAAGAAACAAGUCUACGGUAGGAAGGGGGGCAGGCGCCGCCUGGACCCCCUCAAGAAGAAGAAGCGCAGCCCGUCGCCGGAACUGUGUUCGGCGCACCGGCUGCCGAACCCCGUGCAGUACAUCUUCGCACCUGAAGAGAUAAGUGAGGAGGAGAUCGAGGCGCGCAAGUCGAAGCUCAUGGUCGACAUUUUGGUGAAGGGUGGAUCUGGGUGGCAGGAUCCUCUAGUUGCGCAAUUUGGUUCCCAAGAGAUGGAGGCGCCGCCGCCCCCACCUACAGAGGAGGACGCCUGCGCGCCGGCGCCGGCUCCGUCACCACCGCCCGAUUUGAGAUAUAUCGAACCCCAAGGCACGACGCGCAUCGGGCGCUUAUUAUGUGAUGCGGACUUUUCGUUGGAGCAAUUACAAAGGACGUGCAAGGCGAUGUACUCAAAAAGAGAAAACAUGCCCGAGCACUUCGCGUUCUGCGCCUUCAAGGGAUCGGGCGCCGCCGAUGUCCAAUACGUCGAGGGCGUAAAACAGUUGGAGGGGAGCCUCGCGGAGCUCAAAGUGGCGGACGUGGCCGACGUGGUCGAGCCGCACCCGUCGCUCGAGCACCCCAUCGCGGGCUACCAGUUGGUCGUCGUGCCCUGCGCAGCGCCGCCGGCGCCGCCUGCUCCUGAAGGGGAGGUGUCCGCGGACACAUUUACCGCCACCGAGACAAGAGGCGUCGACCUCGCGUCGGUGACGGACAAGAGCGUGGCGGGUAAGACAUAAUAGCUC